CAUGUGACUACCUUAUGUUCUGAUACACAAAUGGUGGAAUUGGAAGACAUCUAGUGUUACUAAACUCAGUUGUGUUUAUUGUAUUUAAAUUAUAUCCCACAUAUAAUGUGGAUAAUUCACAAAAACUGAGCAUGUCAGAAAACAGCUAUGGCAGUUCGUGAAGUUAAAGUGUGUUUACUGGGGGAAUCUGGAGUGGGGAAGUCCAGCAUCGUCCUGAGAUUUGUCAGCGACUCAUUCAAAGGAGCAUUAGAAAGCACCAUAGGUGCCUCUUUCAUGACAAAGAGAUUAGAAGUUGGGGAUGUGUCCUAUCAGUUUCAGAUCUGGGACACAGCGGGUCAGGAAAAGUAUAGAUCUCUGGCACCUAUGUACUACAGAGGGGCAUCAGCGGCCAUUAUUGUGUACGACAUCACAAGGGAGGCCACUUAUAGAACAGUAAAGGACUGGGUCAGAGAGUUGAAACGAAACUGCACAGCAGACAUGGUGAUAGCUAUCGCAGGAAACAAGAGUGACCUUAAUGACCUUCGUGAGGUCAGGGCACGAGAUGCCGAGGAGUAUGCCCAGUCCAUUGGGGCUUUGUUCAUUGAGACAAGUGCUCUCUCAGCAGUCAAUGUGCCACACCUGUUUACUGCAAUAGCUGAGGGGCUUCCCCCUGAGGACCCAGUGUCUUUCCGUCCUGGGAGCACUGUACAAUUACGCCGCCAGGACGAAAGUGCCCAGCCAAAGUCCUCUUGUUGUGGAUCAAAGAAGUCAAGAUGACCAAAAGCGUGAUAGCUAGAGAAUUCUUGAUAAACUUAUACUCUGUUUUCUCUGAAACACAAAUUUUGCUGUGUUUAUUUUAGAGAUGUGAUAUGCUUUUGUUUUAAAUGAUCAUUUUUACGAAACUGUUGACACGUGACAAUCAAGGUGCUUUGUUCAACCGUGUUUACAGUUUAUAAAUCUAUGACUGGAACAUUCAGGGUGCAUACUCAAACACUUAAAUUGUAGAUGUAAAUGUAUCAGAACAGCUGUUGGACGUUUAUUCUGAUCUUUCUACAUGGCAAGAAAACAUUCUGUAGUGCUUUUAUUAGAUUAGUUACUAAUGCUGUUACACUUGUGCAUUAAUUGCUUUUAUCAAUUAAUUAUCUGGGCAUAAAGAAACAGCCAUUAUUAGUUUAUUUAGAAAUACUGUACACCCUGUUUCAUUUACAACAACUUUAUUUCACAAUUUAUGUGUGGAAAUUUCUAUAUUAUAAUGUAAAUUUUAAUGUUAAAUAUCUGAAACAAAUUAAUUCAUAAACAGAGUGCAUGGUAUUCAAAAUAUUUUCUCAUAGUGAGUAAAAGGUGGGUUACAGUAAGCUUCACAUGUACUCACAAAAUGUUUUUCAUAAAAUAAUUUUAGCCUAAGUUUUGUACAUACUUGUAUACAGUAAAAGCAUACUUUUAAUGUGUUAUAGUUCUACUAUAUCACUCAUAAACCAAUAUGUAUUUUUAAUGAUUAUUGCUUACCGGUAUAUUUUAAAAAGAUGAUUUUAGUUAGAACAUAUCAGUAUUUACAACUUCCAUAUUAAAGUUUUAAGUUUUCUACCUGGAACAUCAAAUUUUACUGGUUUUAAACAAGUUUUUAUUUUUCUAUACUCUUUGGUAUUAUGUAGAAAACCUUAGAAUAUGUAACAAACUAAUAUGAUUUAUUAUAUGUGACAUUAAGUCUCACAUGUAUUUAUUUUUUGAUAAUCAAGACAUUCCAUGAACAGAAAAUAGAGUGAUUUUUAUAUCUGUAUUCUUUUACGGUUUUAUAACAAACAAUUGAGAAUAAACACAUGUGAAAAUAUC